AUGUCGCCGAACUUGCAGCUGAGCUUCUGGAAGCGGAUGGGGCUAGAAGAAGAGCAUCGCGAUUUAUGUUUAAGAAUAGUGCGGGAUUUGUAUCCAAGAUAUAAAGUAGAAGAGUCUAAGAACCAGGGAUAUUGCAGUUUUACCAUAUUGGUAUCGCCGUCGGGGAAAAGUGUGGCGUCUUCACUGCAUAACUGGGAGGAACCGCUUUCGACAGACAUUGCCGGCCGCAUACGAAUCCGCAAUCUCCCCAGCUUCAUCGUUCAGCUCCGUCCUCCACAGCAUACACUUGACCUCACUCUCACACACGCCGCCGUACAAACAUACGGUCCACUUGCACCCUCUGUUCAGCCCCUCGCCUGCAAUCUACCAUGUCCAUUACACGCCUUCCAACUCGACAAGAUCCCCGGCAUCCCAUUCUCCCACCAGCGACCGCACACUGGCACCCUUAACCCCUCAGCCUACGACAAACAAGCCACCCUCAUCAAGUCUCUCGCCAUCUUCCUCGCAAAAGCAUGGCCGGCACCCUCACCCUCUCAUCCCUCAACAAGUUCAAAUCCAAGUCCUCGGACCAUACGAGCCGACUCCCCACUCGCCGAAACACCGGAAUUCCUCUUAUCCCAGUGCAGCGGCAAUGUCGGCGCUCGCCUCAUCCCUAAGCUCAAGAAGUUGUCUCUCUUGCUACCACACGCAAGCUUGCGCGCCCGAGCAGCGGAUACGCUUGCACAGUUGCUAGAACUUCGAGAUUAUCCGAUUGUCUUAAAUCAUGGCGAUUUAAUUCCCUCGAACAUCAUGCUCGAUCCUGAGACCUGGGCUCUGCAAGGCGUAGUAGACUGGGCAGAGGCAGAGUAUCUUCCCUUUGGAACCUGUUUUUAUGGGCUUGAGCAUUUUCUUGGAUAUCUAGACAUGCAGCCCAUCCCUAACCCCAAUCCCAAUGCCAUCAUCUCAGAUCCCUCCCCUCCAGUCCCAGUCUUCCGAUACUACACCUCCGCGCCCCAGUUACGCAAGCUUUUUUGGGAGACGUUGGUAUCAUACGCGCCAGGUAUCCAGGACCGAAUUAAUGAUGUCAUGUUGGCGAAGGAUGUGGGUGUGUUGCUCUGGUAUGGGUUUGCAUGGGAUGAGGGCGCUAUUGAUCGUGUUGUUAAUGUGGAAGAGGAUAGGGAGGAGAUGGAGUGUUUGAGGGCGUUCUUGGAGGGUGAGGGUGAGGGUGAGGGAGAUGCGUGGCCCGGAGGUGGGGUUUCGGAUAUAUAG